UUGCGUGCACGUGCGGUAUCGUACCAGACCAAUACGGGAAGUAUGGAACGCCACAGCCCCGCAUCAUUCUUGGCCCGGUCUUGUCGUCUUGUCCCUGUCCUCCGCCGGGCUGUGCAAGCGGUCUUUUCUGGGCAAGGCUCGGCUCCGGAUGUCCGCACAGGACAAGAACCCAAGCCUCCCCCUCUUGCUUCCAAGACUUCCUCUCUUCUUAUCUCUCCCCAUAUUCCCCCCCCUGACUUGUCCUGUCUGUCUUUUCCCAGUCUUUCCCUUCUCUCCCCCUUUUUCUUUCUAUCACCUUGUGUUUUCAUAACUGUUUCUAUAUUCGGUAACAAUCGCGUGUUGCAUUGGUAGUUGUUGUCAAAGCCAACUCAUCGCGUCUUACCGUUCCUCAUCCCUGAUCUUCCUUAUUAGCCAAAGAUCCCUUAGCCUGGACAUCUUUGGUUG